GUCGUUUUGGCGAAGGGGGGUGGAAAGGUGGCCUGAAGACUAAAGAUCGUAUUAGAAGUAUUAAAAAAACCCCAACUGUUUGGAAAUAAAAUAUAUAACAUCUUAUUUUAUUUAAUCAAUUCUUAUUAUCAGUCUAUACAAACAUUUUUAGUGGUAACUGAUUUCAGCCACAAGAAGUGAAAACCAAAAUGCCAAAUUUCAAUCAAUUUCCGCGACAACGCAGUGAUAGGUCAGAUUUCAGAAAAGGGAAUCAAAGUAGCGAAAACAAUGAAAUGUAUGAAGUUCAACGUCAAGUAUUGGAAAAGGGUCAAGAAAAGGACCGUUCAAAGACAAGAGGAAGGCGUGGACCUGGUCGAAGUAACUACAACUCCGCAAGAAUAGAAACACACAGACAGACUCAAUCGCUCAUUACCGAAGGCGACCUCGCAGAGGAUUUAAAGAAGAAACGUUUCCCUGGAGUCAAGAAUGAGAGCGUGAUGGACCGCUUGGAAGCGGUGGUUCAGCACCGUUAACAUAUUUACUAGCUUAUUUGAAUUCAAUAACGUGCCCGUGCGCGGCGAAA